GCAAUAUUAUGGAGACUCUACUGCGAGACUCGAACUUAUCCUGUAAAUAUACAUUGUUUAUCGUUAUUAUUAAAUUUCAAUACAUGUAGUGAUUAACGAACGACUCCUAAAAUUCUUUCUUCAGCCAUGCCAUGUCUUCGGUAUUGCAUAUACUCUCCAAAUUUGUUAACAAGCUUGAAGCAGAUACUCGCGAUUCCCUUUAUAAGUCCAUUUCUAAAUUCUGGGCAAUUUAUAGAAAUUCGAAGUGUAUUAAUGCAAAUAUUGUGUUCUCCCUCCGUGAAAUUCGAAAUUGCUUACGACUAAUUAAAGAUGAUCAGACGUAUAAGUCUAACGUACAAAUAAGUUUUGAAACUAUUAUCAAUGUUCUCCAGGAAGAAUAUGUGUCUGCUUUUCUUACCUUUAUUCAACUCUUGAACUUCGAGUAUGCAACCGGGGAUUGGUAUUAUGAAUGGAAAAGUAUUCGCAAUAAAUAUUUUAAAUUGCGCAAAAAAUCUUCGAGAAAAAAUUUUGGAAAAAGAGCUAUCAGUUUUUGUAAAGAACUAAUUAAAUUAUCAGAUGAAGAAUUUAAAAGGGUAGAAAGAAAAAAUACGAAAUAUCGUAAUCUUGAAUAUAAAAUGUUAAAAUAUGGAGGUGCAAUGAUUAAUUGCUCUUUACCUGAUCAUAUUGACACUCUUUUACUCGGAUAUCUACACUUAAUUCAACGGCUUCUUGAAGAAUUUUUUCCUCAUAUAAGCGGAUAUGAUAAAGAAAUAGUUUCAUUCUGUAAUGAAAUAAUUCAAACAAACAUAAAAAAACAGUUAACAUUUAAGGCUAUAGAAAUUUUGUAUAUCAUAUAUGUCGUAAAAGGAAAUGUUAACAAUGAGGUAACCUUUUAUUAUUAUUAUUAUUAUUAUUAAUGUUAUUAUAUAUGUAUAUUUUUUUUUAUUAUUUUUAAUUUCUUACACUCAUUAAACCUUUUCAGUAUUUUAAAGGUCUCAUUACUUAUAACCUUUCGCAACCUCCGCAAUUUAAACCCGAUAGUAUUCUCAUUGUCUCGCCUUCUUCGUUUCAAUUUAACCCACCUGACUCUGCUGCUUCGGACUUUACUUCGUUUUCUACGCCACCACAAUCCCCUUCUGCUUCAUCUAUAGAAGAAAAUCAAGAUCGACAAAGU